GCAGUUGGAUUGUGCCUCACUGCCAGGAAACGGGCGCCGGAAGGUUCUCUGACGAGAUCUCGCUUUCUUCGGGCGGUAACGGCGUGCACAGGUCGGGAAGGGGUGGGUGGAGAAGCGGAACAGCUCUGAACCAUGCUAGGGAACUGUGGGUCCGUCUGUGAAGAGGCCCAGCUUCGCGGGACCGCGAUUCGAGCCUGCGCCGGGAGGUGGUUUUGUGACGGACGGAAAACUACAUUUCCCAGCAUUCUUGCGGUGCCAGAACUACCUUGCCCAAAAGCCUGAGCGAGUUCGCCCUGUCUUAGCUCCUCCUCCCGCCAAUCGGAAAACCCUGAGGCCAUGAGGAUUGGCUGGGCUUGGAGGCUCCUGCGUUCUGAAGGCGGAGCGGGCCGCUGGGUUUCAACCCCCCAAGGGCGUUCCUCGCCGGUCGUGCGGAGAGACUUCUUCACCACCACAACCAAGGAAGGAUAUGAUAGGAGGCCAGUGGACAUAACUCCUUUAGAACAAAGGAAAUUAACUUUUGAUACCCAUGCAUUGAUUCAGGACUUGGAAACUCAUGGAUUUGACAAAACACAAGCAGAAACAAUUGUAUCAGCAUUAUCCAUGUUAUCAAAUGUCAGCCUGGAUACUAUCUAUAAGGAGAUGGUCACUCAAACUCAACAGGAAAUAACAGUACAACAGCUAAUGGCUCACUUGGACUCCAUCAGGAAAGACAUGGUCAUUCUAGAGAAAAGUGAAUUUGCAAAUCUAAGAGCAGAGAAUGAGAAAAUGAAAAUUGAAUUAGACCAAGUUAAACAACAACUAAUAAAUGAAACCAGUCGAAUCAGAGCAGAUAAUAAACUAGACAUCAAUCUAGAAAGGAGCAGAGUAACAGAUAUGUUUACAGAUCAAGAAAAGCAACUUAUGGAAGCAACCACAGAGUUUACCAGAAAGGAUACCCAAACCAAAAGUAUUAUUUCAGAGACCAGUAAUAAAAUUGACACUGAAAUUGCUUCCUUAAAAACACUGAUGGAGUCUAACAAACUUGAGACAAUUCGUUAUCUUGCAGCUUCAGUAUUCACUUGCUUGGCGAUAGCUUUGGGAAUUUAUAGAAUCUGGAAGUAACAGUGAAACUACUGUUUAAUGCUCCUGCUUCUGCUAUUGACUUCUUAGAACACUAAACCAGGACAGAUUUACUUUGAACAUUGUCAGUUACAGCAGCAAUGUACUUCAACGAGAUUAUUCAAAAGAUAUGGACUAAAGAAAAGUGUUUCAGAAUGGGAAGAGGUAUUUUGUCUUUAUUGUAUGUCUGUGUCUUUAUUAUGUCAAAAAGCUGUCAUUCAAAGUUAUUUAAGAUAGGGCAUUUUAUCCUUAUCCUUUUGAUAGUUCAUAGAAACUGAACCAGUUUUCUGAACUAGUUUUCUUGUGUUUGCUUGAGCAACUCUGUAAAUCAUAUAGUAUUUUAUUGUAUCUGCUGCAAAUUGGAAAGUAUUCCCUAGCCUACAUACUUCUUAUUUGGACUUAACUUUCCCUACAGCUAUUGUACAAUUAAAUAGAUUAUUAUAACAAAGUUUUCUUUGGAUUUUAAAAGUGACUUACCAUAUUGCUGGAGAUUUCUUUUUUGUAAUGAACUAAAACAAUAAAUUUUAAAAUAAUGCA